UUCUGGGAAUUGUAGUUCUCAGAUUGAGCUGGGCGCUUAGACUCUGCUCCGUAACCGAGGCCCUUUGUUCGCCGGAGGCCAAGACCAGGCGUUUCUGCCCCGGGCUGCCCCUCCCUGAGCCCAGCAUGGAGGAGGAGCAGAGAAGGCCUUCGGGGGGCCUUGGGCCCCGGCUGCAGGAAUCUGUGACGUUCAAGGACGUGGCCGUGAACUUCACGCAGGAGGAGUGGCGGGAGCUGGACGCUUCCCAGAGGGAUCUCUACUGGGACGUGAUGCUGGAGAACUAUGAGAACCUCGUCUUCCUGGCCGGGCUUCCCGCUUCCAAACCAGACGUGCUUUCUCAUUUGGAGAGGGGAGGCGCGCCGUGGCCGCUCGAGGGGAAAUUCCCUGGAGACCUCUUCCCAGAUUCCCUUAGUUUGGAGAUUAGGUGUGAAACCAAGGACUCCACACCAAAUCAGGGUGAUUGUACAGGGGUGUCCUCUAAGAAGAAGUUCUCAAAGGAUGAUCCUUGGGAUUUCAAGAUAGAAGAAGCUUGGGAGUUUGAUGUCAGGGUAGAGAAACAGAAGGACACAGGGGAGAAACAAUCCAGACAAGUAACAGUUUCCAACAGAGAAGCUUCUAAGGUGAAUGCCCGGGAAUGUAAAAUAUUUGGGGAAAGUUUCAGUCUGGGCUCAUUCUUUGUACCGCAAGAAGCACUUCCUCCAGAAAUUAAUCAAGGUAAGCUCUUCCCACAGUUUUCAGACCUAAGGAAUCAUAAUGUCACUUCCUUAGGGAAGAACUUUGCUAAGCACAACAAAUGCAGGAAGCCCUUCAGUUACCAUUCAGAUCUUAUUGAAUUGUAUACAAUUCGCCCUGGAGACCAACCCUAUGUGUGUAAAGAAUGUGGGAAAACCUUCAGCCACAGAGGAAACCUUAACAAACACCAGAGAGUUCACACCGGAGAGAAACCUUUUGAGUGUAUCGAAUGUGGGGAUACUUUUAGCCAGAGGCGAAACCUGAAUGCACAUCAGAGAAUUCAUACUGGAGAGAAACCACAUGAAUGUAACGAAUGUGGGAAAGCCUUCACCCAAAGAUCACAUCUUACCCAGCAUCAGAGGAAGCACAAUGGAAAGAAACCCUAUAAGUGCAAUGAAUGUGGGAAAGCCUUCAACCAUAAGGGCAAUUUGAAUAGACAUCAGAGCAUUCACACUGGAGAGAAACCCUUCGAAUGUAAUGACUGCGGGAAAGCCUUCACCCAGAGAAGAGACCUGAAUGCCCAUCAAAGAAUCCAUACUGGAGAAAAACCCUUUGAAUGUACUGAAUGUGGGAAAGCCUUUAACCUCCGGGGAAGCCUUAAUCAGCACCAGAGAAUCCAUACAGGAGAGAAACCAUUCGAAUGUAGUGAAUGUGGGAAAGCCUUCAGACAGAGGGGGUACCUUAUUUAUCACAAGAGAAUUCAUACUGGAGAGAAACCAUUUAAAUGCACUGAAUGUGGGAAAGCCUUCAGACAGAGGGGGAACCUUAGUGAACACAAGAGAAUCCAUACAGGAGAGAAACCCUUUGAAUGUAAUCUUUGUGGGAAAGCCUUUCGAAAUGCCUUAUGCCUUACUCAGCAUCACAGAAGUCAUACUGGAGAGAAACCCUUUGCGUGCACUGAAUGUGGGAAAGCCUUCAACCACAGGAGAAACCUUAAUCGACAUCAGAGCAUUCACACUGGAGAGAAAACUUUUGAAUGCAGUGAGUGUGGGAAAGCUUUCAGCCAGAGGGGAGACCUCAACGCACAUCAGAGAAUUCAUACCGGAGUGAAACCCUUUGCGUGUAACGAAUGUGGGAAAACCUUCAACCACAGGGGAAACCUUAAUGUACACCAGAGAAUCCAUACUGGAGAAAAGCCCUUUGAAUGUAACCAAUGUGGGAAAGCUUUCAGCCAAAGGGGAAGCCGUAACCAGCACCAGAUAAUUCACACCAGAGAGAAACUCUUUUGAAUGUGGUGAAUGUGGAGUAGCUUUCUAAGGUACAAAUGAACACAGUAAUGAGAAUCAGAGAUUCCAUUAAAAUAAGGAAUUAAGGAAAGGCUUCGUGUGAAGCCUUAGGAAGCAUCACCUAAUUUAUAUGAAUAAAAAGCUUUAUAAAUGUCAUGAUCUUGGGAAAAACUAUAGGAUAUACUAGCUCUCAUCAAACCUCAGAGAUUCCAUAAGGUGAACUUACAGUGGGGAUGUAAUAAUAUGGCUUCUACUUCAUAGAGAACUGUUGUUCUCUCUGCUUUGGCUCUUAAGAUUUGGGUCGCAGGACCAUUUUUAUCUCAGCAGGUAUUUGGUAAGAUGCUUCUAUUUUCAUUUUUGUAAAUUAUGUAACAUGGAGUCAAAUUGUUCUUUAAGUAUUUGAUAGAAUUCAUCUGUACCUGGCAUUGUCCCACUCCUCCCCACCUCCAUCUUGGGUGUUUGUUUAUGGUUUAUUCAGUUUCUGCUUCUAAGAUUCUAUUUUUUAUGACUUGAUCUGUUCAUCUGGGUAUUUUCUGGUUUUAUAAAUAUUAAUUUCACUUUAGUUUUCAGAUUUUUGUUAUACAAUUACAUAUGUUAGUUUCUGAAAAUGCAUUUUAUUUGCUGCAAAUUCUUCCUGAUUGUUUUUAAAGUUUUGUGAUGUGCAGUUUAGCUAAUGUUUUCUGUUUUAUUCAUCUUUUAAAAAUUGCUGCAAGUAUUGUUUGUAAUUUUCCUAAAAAUAUAGAUCUAAGUCACUCUUAAUCAGUGAGCCCCAGGGGCUUUCUGUUGCCUCCAGGAUCAAAUCUAAGUUUCUCUGACAUGUCUUCCCAUUCUUGCACAUCACUCCCCUCCCAGCUGGCUGUGUUCUUGUCCACAGCUUUUCCCCUCCCGGAUUUGUGCCUUUCCCCAUUCCCAGAAGGUGUUCCUACUUCACCCUUGUGUCUGCCUUGUAGGAGACUUUGCUUCCUUCAGAACUGCUCCAGAUAUAUUUCUACUUGAAUCCUUUCCUGGUCCCCUCUGUUGCUGAUGCUCCCUCACUCUCCCAUGUAACCUGUAUUUAUUUUGUAUAUACUUAUUUAUAUAAAUGGUGUCUCCCCUACAGAAUGUAAGCUCCUUGAAGACAGGGAUGGUUUCAUUCUUAUCGUUGUGUCCCUAGUGCCUAGCAGUUAGUAGGCAAUCACUCAAGAUUGUUGGUUGACGAAUGUUUUUCCAAUUUAGUUGCAUGCUCAAUUUAUUUAAUCUCGUUUUCUCUCUUUCUUACUGAUGUAGGCUUAUCUUUAUCUAUAGAUGCAUUUGUAGCUGUUCCCCUCUAAGGACCACCUUGGCUUCAUUUCAUAAGUUUUAUUGUGCUUUUCAUCAUUUUCUUUGAUAUAAUUAUGGUUUCUAUCUUUUGUUCUUGACCUACUCAUUAGCAGUAUAUUGUUGAAGUCUGGAUACUUUCUUUAGAUUUUUCACAUUAAUUAACCCUAAAUCACAGACUACAUACUAAAUAAAAGUCCACCUUUUAAAUUUG